GGAAUCAUUUGCAAAGACUGCGAAGAAGUGGUCAGUUUAAGACCAUCAACAUGUACCAGUGCCAUUUGUCAUCAGUGCCAUACUACAAGAAUUGAAAGACGGGAAACUAUUUUGGAAAUAUUCCAAACGGAAUUGAAUUAUGGACGUGACUUGAAGAUUCUAUUAGUGGAAUUCUAUGGUCCAAUCAAAGAAGCUGGUCUUAUCAAUAACCAACAACUGACAGAAUUGUUUUUGAACUUGGAAGAGCUGGUGGACGUUAACGAGAACUUCAUUGAACAGUUGAACCGUGUCUUGAACAGUUCACCUCUCCAUAAUGAUAAGGAGGUCGACUGUGUUAAUAUUGGUCAAUUGUUCCAAGAAUCAAUCCAUAUGUUCAAAGCCUUUGAAAAAUAUUGCGUCAAACAGAGUGACGCCAUGGACCUACUAGAGAAAUUAGAGACAGAGAAUGACAUUCUGCGAGCGUUCCUGCAAGUAACACAGGCUGAGAACACCACAGUUCGUCGCAUGAGUCUAAAGUCAUUCCUUAUGGUUCCUGUUCAAAGAGUUAUGAAGUAUCCUUUAUUGUUGAAUCGAUUGUACAAGUCAACCCCUCAGCACCACCGGGAUUCAAUUCCGCUUCACGAAUCAUUAGUUGGCUUAGAACGAAUUUUGGAAGAGAUUAAUGCUAAAAUCCAAGGAACUAAUACUCUGCGAUUAACUCGCAAACGGUCGGAGCUCAGACGACACAGUUCUUCUGACAAGUUCGAGCUCAUCAAGACUGCUCUCGGUCAUUUGAAUUGGAGCCAAGAGGAGAUUCAUGACAUACUGGUCAGUUCUUUAUUGACCACUCAGCCACAAGAUCAUUUUUGGACUGGGAAAAAAGUCAGCAACUUAAAGUUUUCUCAGAUACACGCUGUCCUUUUAACACGUGGAGAGCCUCAGCCAAAAAGUAGCAUUACUAAGAAGCUGCUUUUUACUCAGCAGUCUCCCAUUCAACAAGCAGCCUUGGUCACCCUUCGCUGCAAAGGCAGUAGAUACCAACUAGUCAGGGAACCCCUGUUUUUGGACAAAUGUGUCAUAACUUUAAAUUCAGAAUUGUCUGAAAAUAUAUUUGAGGUCCAAGAUUGGAAUAAAGAAACUUACUUGUUUAAGGGAGAAGACGACAAAGAAACCAAACGAUGGGUUGAACACUUGAAGAGAUUGAGUCGAAACCUUGGUGUGUUUUGGAGGCGUCGAAACGCCCUCCCAGACAUUAAUAGCAACAGCAAAGGAUAGUUGUUCGUGAUGAAAUAUUUUCCAAACGCUAAAAAGAAUAUUUCCAAUUCUUUGUUAUGUUUGUUCGCUGCUUCCGAGCAGAAAACAUCAUUCAACCAUAUUCCCUGUACGGACAGUCGCUUGCUGGCAGUUAAACGAAGCGGGCCGCUGCCUUCAAACUGAAAGACAAAAGAGAGAAAAAAAAAAUCAGAAAAUAUUUCUGUAGUGUCGGAUUUAGUCGACGUUAACGAGAUUUUGACACUAAAUCUACGCUGGUUUCUAUUUGUUUUUUAUGAUUUGCUCUGAACUAGCCAUUCGAUUAACAGCUUUGUUGAUACGAAGGAAGUCGCCCUCGGCGUCCAGCUUCAACGACACGGCACGAGGAAUACACGCAGCCGGCACAAAUACGAGAUCAGUUAUAUUUUCUGAUAUUUAAAACGGCGUUGUUAUUUACAGUUGUGAUAUCCAGCAUUGGGGAUAUACAAUACGUAGACAUCUCAUCUGAGAUUAUUAGAACAUUGAAAUCAUUUUAAAUUACAAAAUGGAGGAACUAUUUUCAAAAGGAUGAAACGUGGAGAGAAUUUGAACUUUUGAUGAAAAAACAUUCGGAAAGAAGAAUCUAUAUUGGUUAAAUAUAUGUUAACCACCUCAUACGUACACAUUUUAUACUUCUACUCCCUCCUCAGGGAAUCUUUUAAAAAUCCUACAUAGGUUUGGUUGUGGAAAAAAAAAACAAAUUGACUCGUAAAAUUCAAUU